UAUUUCCCAUUUAUCUUUCGUCUUUUCAGGUUUUAAAAUGCCUGAGCCAGCCAAGUCCGCUCCUGCCCCGAAGAAGGGCUCUAAGAAGGCGGUUACUAAGGCCCAGAAGAAAGAUGGGAAGAAGCGCAAGCGCAGCCGCAAGGAGAGCUACUCCGUGUACGUGUACAAGGUGCUGAAGCAGGUCCACCCGGACACCGGCAUCUCGUCCAAGGCCAUGGGCAUCAUGAACUCCUUCGUCAACGACAUCUUCGAGCGCAUCGCGGGCGAGGCAUCGCGUCUGGCGCAUUACAACAAGCGCUCGACCAUCACAUCCAGGGAGAUCCAGACGGCCGUGCGCCUGCUGCUGCCCGGGGAGCUGGCCAAACACGCGGUGUCCGAGGGCACCAAGGCCGUCACCAAGUACACCAGCUCCAAGUAAACUUGCCAAGUAAGCGUCUUUACACCCAACCCCAAAGGCUCUUUUAAGAGCCACCCA